AUGUCUUACGGCGGUAACAACGACUCUUACGGCUCGUCCGGCCGUGAUAACUUUGGAUCUUCCAACACCGACUCCUUCGGAGCCAGUGACCGCACUGGCGGCAGUGACGCUUUUGGCUCCUCUGGUCGUGACACCUUCGGCUCAACCGGUGCUAGCGACUCUUACGGCUCCAGUGGUGUCACCGGCGGCAGCGACUCUUAUGGCUCAUCAGGCCCGACUCUUUAUGGCUCAUCGGGCCGUGACAACUUUGGAUCUUCUAACACCGACUCCUACGGGUCUGGUGGUGUCACCGGCGGUAGCGACUCGUAUGGCUCAUCGGGCCGUGACAACCUCGGAUCCUCCAACACUGACUCCUACGGGUCUAGUGGUCGCACCGGCGGUAGCGACUCGUAUGGCUCAUCGGGCCGUGACAACCUCGGAUCCUCCAACACUGACUCUUACGGGUCUAGUGGUCGCACCGGCGGUAGCGACUCUUAUGGCUCUUCGGGCCGUGACAACUUUGGAUCUUCCAACAACUCCUCUUAUGGCUCUGGAGCUGGCUCCGGAGGCAACACCUCUUACGGCUCUUCCAACCGUGAUGAAUUUGCCGCGGGCCAGGGUAACGAUUCCUAUGGAUCGUCUAACAACGACUCUUAUGGAUCCAGCGGUCGCACUGGUGGCAGCGAUUCGUACGGCUCUUCCAACAACGAUUCAUAUGGCUCCUCUGGCCGUGGCGGUGACAGCACCAUGGGCAAGAUCAUGGAGAAGGCUGGUGAUGUGCUGAACAGCAGCACGCUCGAGGAGCGUGGUCAUGAGAAGCGCGAGGCUAAGGGUGCCUUCGGCAAUGACAACUACUAG